GGCUCGCUCACGCCUUGUGUCCAAGAAGCCCUUAAAGUCUGCAACCAUGUGGCCAUCUGCUAAACAGACAUGAAUGCCCCUUCCUUCUUCCCCUGCAAUUAAUUCUCUGCAUUUCUGCCCUCUUUCUUCUCACUUCACACAUAAGUGUUACCAGAUUACUAGUUUCAAAUGGUGCCGUUUUUUCUCAUAAUUGGCCUUUUUUUUCUGCCCACCAGUCUCUUGGCAGAAACAAACGACUCUUCCUCUGCCUCUCUGGUUCAGAGAAAAUGGACUAAUGUUCCUCCUCCGCCGGCGGUCGUAUGCACGUCCUGCGUAACAUGCGAGAAUCCAUGCAACCCGGUGCCGCCACCGCCGCCGCCGCCAUGCCCUCCGCCGCCAAAGCCACCCCAGAUUGAAUGCCCUCCGCCGCCAAAGCCGCCGCAGAUUGAAUGCCCUCCGCCGCCUUCUGGCUUCCACUACAUCUUCGCUCCGCCGUAUCCUUACGUUAACUACCCUUAUGACUAUUUUAAUGCCGCAGAUCGUCUCAACUUUCACGGCAAAUUCAGCCUGGUUUGCUUAGUCGGAUUUGUUCUGUAUAUUUUUGUUUAGAUUUUAGGGACAAAAGAAAAAAUAAAGGAAAAAUUGUUGUUGGGCAUCUGGGCAAAUCCGGGCCAAAUGAAUGGUCUUCUUGUUGUAGUGUGUUGCAGAAAAUUAAGAAAUUUAAGAACAUUCGGGAUUUGAUUUCUUUUCA